AUGUCGUCGAGAUGGAGGAGGCGAUACGUGCCAAAGAAACUCAAGAUAGAGCGGAGGCACGUCAACCGUGUGGACCCAAAUCAUACAAGGGACACAACCACGAUGAAUCAAGAUGAUGAUGCAAGCCUCAAGGACACUGCAAAUGGGAAUUGUGCAACGCAAAGUCAAAAGGAUAGUCGCGAGGAGAAUGUGAGGCUCACCAAACGCACAUUCAAUGACUCAGAGUUUGAUGACGUUGAAAAAAUAGCUUCACUAGUUCAGCAUUCACAGCCAGCUCCAAACAGCUUGUCCGCAGAUUCAUGCACAUCAGGCAGGAACACCUCAGUAAAUCCCUUCUCAGGACUUGAUGAUCAUCCUGAUCUCCCUGAUGUUCCUCCAGACGUCGAAAUCAUCAAGGCGCAGAAGCCAAUUAUUUCUAUGGAGCAGAAAUCGUCAUCUCAAAGAGCUCCAACAUGUGGUGUUUCACCUCGAGGCAGUGUAGGGGAGGCACAGAGGCAAACGAGUACUGAUGACAUACCAGAAUGGCCCGCCACCUCGUCAAGUGUGUCGAAGGAGCAAGGAGAUCGAGUAUGGCCUGAUCCGUCUCUAAGCGGUGCAGAUAGGACAUCAUCACAGAGCUUAUCGGAGAGCAAGACACAAGGAACCGCACGACGGACAGUGCCACUGUCACUUUUUCGCUUCACCGUACUGCUCGAUUCUUCUGACAAUGAUGCCCCAUCGUCCACUCAGCUCAAGAACAGUGACUCUAAGUUCAGGUCUGAUGUUGACAUGGACGCCCCAAUGUCUGCCCAGCCUAGCAAGAGAUCCAAAGUCGACCCAGAGCCCAGCUCCAAUCACGAUAUGGAUCAUACUAAUAACACCGUUGACAGCAUUGGCAAUAAUGCCAUUGAGAUUGACAAUCGCCUCAGCAACAGUGAGGGUCCCAGCGACAUUGAGGGUCCCAACAAUGAUAACCCCAGCGACGUUGACGAUAACGCUAGUGAUUGGAGUGAUACUCUUGUGAAGGAGAAUAGGGAUGUCAGUAUGGAUAACGGGGAAGACUGUGACUUGAGGCACAAGGACAGGAACAACCGCAAAACUAUGGAGCAUAAAAUACAACUUAAACCCAAUUCUUCCAGGCAACGUAGUGUCCAGUCCCUCAAGCACUAUGCCUUCAAGACAUGUAUUCAAAUUUCACAAGAUAAGCUCUCCACAAAUAGCGCCCAGUCAAAGGGUAUGAUGGCCCUCGCCAUUGCCAAGAAGAAGAAUGAUCCGGUGUUCUUCCUAAUCAAGCAAUGCACGUACGACUGGCGCAGCAUGUUCGCAACAUGUGGCGAAAAGGCCGUGAUGGCCUUCAUCUCACAGCAGGUCACAGGCUUUCAUACACCCGUUGAAAUUGAAGCAUACGUUGAAUGGGCCAUCCCCCAAACUCAGGCCUUUCAUGAUGAUGAAGGCAGAGGAAACGCUCCACCUCCGAUCUUCCCAUUCAUGUGGGCCAAUGUUGACGAGAGCGACUCUGAGAAUCCAAUAGGGAAGGGGCCAUUUCAGCACAAGACAAUCCUCGAUACAUUUGCCUUCUAUCUCGAAAGUAUAGCUGCGAUACCUGAUGGCCUCUGGAAGACCUCGUCCCCCAAAGCUGCACUUGCCCUCGCAACUGUCGCGGUCGAGAGAGCAUGGAAGCAAUGGGCUACAGGUGAAUUAGUCCAGGACUCAUUCAAUGAUAAAUUUUUGUUGGCGAUGUGGAAUCUUCCAACACAAGAGGUCCUUGAAUCCAUCGACAAACUCAAACCUCACACAUGGAUGAAAAUACUCGAAGGAGCUGCGCACUUCAUUGGGGCCCAUAAGCCCAAGUCCAUACGAGCUCAACAAUGUUACACAGGUGGAGCAGGAUUAUCAGGAAGGGCUUUAUGUUACGGGUCCGAGUCCGAGUCCGAGUCCGAGUCCGAGUCCAAGUCCAAGUCCAAGUCCGAGUCCAAGUCUGAGUAG